ACCAGUUCCAAUGGUGGUGCGGUUGUUCGUUGGCGGGCUUCCGGGCGACGUGACGGAAGAGGAUUUAAGGCAGCGCUUCGGAAAAGUGUCUGGAUGCAAGGUAGAGUCGGUGGACUUGGUCAUGGCCCGGGAAAAGGGCCGGGGUAUUCGUGACUUUGCCUAUGUUAACCUGGAGGGAAGGACUCUGGCGACAGAGGAGGCCGCCGUCGCGCAGUACAUUCAAACGUAUCACAACACCAAGUGGAAGGGCAAGCGCUUGCGUGUGGAAGUUGCUCGCCCUGAUUUUCACGAACGACUGCGCGAAGAACGGGAGGCACAGACUGCGGCUUGUGCCGUCGCAGCGAUCCAACUCACGCCGAACGAAAACGUUUCCAUCAAGUCGCUGUAUUCUGGAACGAAGAUACAAUUCGACUAGGUCGCCACCGCGCGUUCCCAUCUUCCGUAUCAAUAAGCCCGGAUAUACCUUACUUCGUUUCCACGGCCACUUCCACCGUUCUGCAGAGACAUAUCCUUCCACCAUAAACAUGCUGCUCCAUCUCAACAUCCUCCACAUCCGCC